AUGUCAUUGAACCCACAAGAAAAAGUCUACAAGGAAUACUUGAACUAUGACUGGGAAUCAGAUACAGACUUCCAGCAAGGUUUGAAGGAAAUCUUAGACUCUUACCUUGCCAAUAUCAAAGAACAAGAUCCACUGCAAACGUCAAUCUCAAGCCUUGAUCAAACACAGCUUACAAAUCAAGCUAAGCUGUUUUUCUUUUGCCAAAAGACAGGUCAUAUACUAAACCUAGAAGACUUUGAAGAAUGGAAGAUACAUAAUGGUGACAAGUACGAAAAGAAUGCCAAAAUUGUGGAAUUGGGUGAGGGCAAAGAAGAUAUACAAGGCGAAGGAGCUACAACUAAUGAUGAGCCCCCUUAUUCGUCCAACUACCAGAAUUUGGCAGAGUUGAUAUUGUCAGGGAAACCAGUACCAGGUAUAAAGGAGAUACCCCCGGUGGUGCUAACUGAUCAAGGAUCUGAACCAUUGGCGGCGCAGAGAAAGAAGCCAUGGGAGGUAAAUCGAGAGAAUUCCAAUAGCUGA